UCUAUUCUCCAAAGGUUAAAAGUUAAAUUGAACUUUUCGUAUUUCAAAUGAAAGUAGUUUCGAAAUAAUCCAAACUAUUUUCCACGACUAUGGAAUAUAUGAAAAUUCGCAUCGUUGGUUAUCUAAAUUCUCAUUAAUUCUCUCUCUCUCUCUCUCCAAAUAAAUUUGCAAGUGGAAAUAAAUUUGCAAAAAUCGUGAAUAGGUUGGAGAAGAGAGAGGCUAGACGAAAACAGAUUCGAAUACAGAUCGAGAGAGAUUCUCUCAGAUAUUCAGUACACGUCAACGAAGGGAGGGGUGGUUGAUGUACAGAGAGGUGGUGGGUGAAAGGGAAGGGGAAACAGGGGUUGCCGGGUAACAGAGAGGUAGGAUAAGAGUUCCCAGGGGUGCCUAGCAACCUGUUGCUACCCUAAAAUUUCGACCGGCUGGAAUGAAGUGUGGGUGGGCAGGGAUGCGAGUAUCUAUAAAUGUACUGGGAUGUUGGGUGGCGUGGGAGGCCGGCACAUGUCUACGCGUCGGCGUGGCAGCAGCCCGCUGGUGCGUGGAGGUGCGGGCCUCACAGGAUAUGCCGGACNAGGGGCCUCUGGAAAUUCGAACGAUGUUGCUGCAAUACCACCGGAUAUGCAGAGAUACGCUGCAAGAAGGCGCAGAGCGGUUACAACUAGUGAUCACAAGAGCUGCGCCCUUGUGCAGACCCGUAUUAAACUCGGCGAUAUCAUGUUGGCAGCGCAAGAGGCGGCACAAAGGGACCCUGGAUACGCGAGUCAGUACAGGAGAAGGCCGAGGUUGGCCGGACUGAGUUUCGGUGACUGGACUAGCUUUGGAGGGGAGGUACCUGGUCUGGUGGACAUGGCGCCAGGCCGGGAUCAGGGCUUCAUAAUCGAGUGGCCGCCCUUCGAGUACGCCGUCCUGCUCACCAUCAUCGCCAAUUGCGUGGUCCUCGCCCUCGAGGAGCACCUGCCCAAGCAGGACAAAACCAUACUCGCACAGAAGCUCGAGGCCACCGAAAUCUAUUUCCUCGGGAUCUUCUGCGUCGAGGCGAGCCUCAAGAUCCUCGCCCUUGGCUUCGUCCUCCACCGUGGCUCCUAUUUGCGCAACAUCUGGAACAUCAUGGAUUUCUUCGUCGUGGUGACCGGGUUCAUCACGGCGUUCUCGCAAGGCAUAGAACUGGAUAUGGAUCUGCGCACGUUGCGUGCGAUACGCGUGUUGCGACCGCUCAAACUUGUCUCCGGCAUACCGAGUCUCCAGGUGGUGCUCAAGUCUAUUAUCAAGGCAAUGGCGCCGCUUCUGCAGAUCGGCCUGCUGGUACUUUUCGCCAUCGUGAUAUUCGCCAUCAUCGGCCUCGAAUUCUAUUCGGGGACCCUGCAUAAAACGUGUUACAGCAUCAGGGAUAUCAAUGUAAUCGUGAAGGAGGGCGAACAGGCGAGCCCGUGUAACACGGACAACAAAUCCGAGGCGCCAUUCGGGGCCCACGUGUGCGACGCGAACAUCUCGACGUGCAUGGAUCACUGGGAGGGACCAAACUUCGGCAUCACCAGCUUCGACAACAUCGGAUUCGCCAUGCUCACUGUCUUCCAGUGCAUCACUAUGGAGGGCUGGACUGCCAUAUUGUACUGGACAAACGACGCUCUUGGCAGCACGUACAACUGGAUUUACUUUAUACCAUUGAUCGUCCUUGGCUCAUUCUUCAUGCUGAACUUAGUUCUCGGUGUUCUGAGCGGAGAGUUUGCGAAGGAGAGAGAAAAGGUGGAGAACCGGCAGUCCUUCCUCAAAUUGCGAAGACAGCAGCAGCUCGAGCAUGAACUGUACUGUUACCUGAAUUGGAUCUGCAAAGCAGAGGAGGUAAUACUCGCGGAAGAAAGGACCACAGAAGAGGAGAAAAAGCACAUAUUAGAAGGAAGAAAAAGAGCCGAGGCGAAGAAGAAGAAGCUCGGCAAGAGCAAAAGUACGGACACGGAGGAAGAGGAAGGCGAUGACGACCAGGAUGACGGGUUUUCAAGAUCCUCCUCGACGAAAGAAAAGGGACCUUGCAAGCAGUUCUGGCUGGCCGAGAAAAGAUUCAGGUACUGGAUACGAAAAUCCGUGAAAUCGCAAAAAUUCUACUGGUUCGUCAUCGUUCUCGUGUUCUUCAACACCGUCUGCGUGGCCGUGGAGCAUUACGGUCAGCCCCAAUGGCUGACCGAUUUCCUCUACUUCGCAGAGUUCGUGUUCCUGGCUCUGUUCAUGUUGGAGAUGUUCAUCAAGGUGUACGCGCUCGGCCCUCGCACAUACUUCGACUCGAGCUUCAAUCGUUUCGACUGCGUGGUCAUCUCGGGAUCGAUCUUCGAAGUGAUCUGGUCCGAGGUGAAGUCCGGCUCUUUCGGCCUCUCCGUCCUACGUGCCCUUAGACUCCUGCGAAUUUUUAAGGUCACCAAAUACUGGAAGAGCCUGAGAAACCUCGUAAUAUCGCUGCUCAGCUCGAUGCGUAGCAUCAUCUCCCUGCUCUUCCUGCUCUUCCUCUUCAUUCUCAUAUUCGCGCUGCUCGGUAUGCAGCUGUUCGGCGGCCAAUUCAACUUCGAUUCAGGCACGCCGCCCACCAACUUCAACACCUUUCCCAUCGCGCUGCUCACUGUCUUCCAAAUCCUGACCGGAGAAGAUUGGAACGAAGUGAUGUACCAGGGUAUAGAAUCGCAAGGUGGUCACAAGAAGGGCAUGAUCUACUCGCUCUACUUCAUCGUGCUGGUGCUGUUCGGCAACUACACGCUGCUGAACGUGUUCUUGGCUAUCGCCGUCGACAAUCUGGCAAACGCACAAGAGCUGAGCGCCGCCGAGAACGAGGAGGAAGAGGAGGACAAGCAGAAGCAGGCGCAGGAGAUCGAGAAAGAGAUCCAAUCCCUGCAGAAUCCAAAAGACGGUGGCGCGCCAAANGUAGAAAUCUGCCCUCCGAGUCCGAACCAGAAUUUCAAAGACGGUAAAGGUGGGAAACAGUCAUCCGAAGAAGAGAAAAAGCAGGAUGAAGACGAUGACACGGGACCAAAACCAAUGCUGCCAUACUCCUCCAUGUUUAUACUGUCCCCUACGAAUCCGUAAAGGAGAGCCGCCCAUUGGGUCGUCAACCUGAGGUACUUCGACUUCUUCAUAAUGGUGGUGAUAUCGCUGUCGAGUAUCGCGUUGGCCGCCGAAGAUCCCGUAUGGGAGGACUCGCCGAGGAACGAAGUUCUCAAUUACUUCGAUUACGCGUUCACAGGUGUCUUCACCGUCGAGAUGAUACUGAAGAUAAUCGAUCUCGGUAUCAUACUUCAUCCGGGCUCGUAUCUGCGCGAGUUCUGGAACAUUAUGGACGCGGUUGUGGUGAUAUGCGCCGCGGUUUCGUUCGCCUUCGACAUGACGGGCAGCUCGGCCGGGCAAAAUCUCUCCACGAUCAAGUCGUUGAGGGUGCUCCGCGUGCUCAGGCCGUUAAAGACGAUCAAGAGGGUGCCGAAGCUUAAGGCGGUCUUCGACUGCGUGGUGAACAGUCUUAAAAAUGUCAUUAACAUUCUCAUAGUGUACAUAUUGUUCCAAUUCAUAUUCGCUGUGAUCGCGGUGCAGCUGUUCAACGGCAAGUUCUUCUACUGCAGCGACGAGAGCAAAUAUACGCAACAGGAUUGCCAGGGUCAGUAUUUCGUUUUCGAAGACGGCGCCCUGUUGCCAGAGCCAAAGAAACGUGAAUGGCAGUCGCAGUUUUUUCACUACGACAACGUGAUGGCCGCCAUGCUUACGCUGUUCGCGGUACAGACUGGCGAGGGUUGGCCCCAAAUCCUGCAGAAUUCUAUGGCGGCCACGUACGAGGACAAGGGCCCCAUACAGAAUUUUCGUAUAGAGAUGUCCAUUUUCUACAUCGUCUACUUCAUCGUAUUUCCAUUCUUCUUCGUCAACAUCUUCGUGGCCUUGAUUAUCAUCACUUUUCAGGAGCAGGGAGAGGCUGAAUUGCAAGACGGCGAAAUCGACAAAAAUCAGAAAUCUUGCAUAGACUUCACGAUACAAGCUCGCCCUCUGGAAAGGUACAUGCCGAAAGAGCGGAACAGCGUAAAGUACAAAAUCUGGAGAAUAGUGGUAUCGACGCCUUUCGAAUAUUUUAUCAUGGGUCUCAUCGUAUUAAACACAGUACUGCUCAUGAUGAAGUUCCAUCGGCAAAGCGACGCGUACAAGAACACGCUGAAGUACAUGAACAUGUGCUUCACGGGGAUGUUCACCGUCGAGUGCAUACUGAAGAUCGCCGCAUUCGGCGUGAGGAAUUUCUUCAAGGACGCCUGGAACACGUUCGACUUCAUCACGGUGAUCGGCAGCAUCGUGGACGCCCUCGUGAUCGAGUUCGGGGAGCGGUUUUCGAGUAUGCCCAGUGGCGGCCAACUAGGCGAAAAAAAGGAGAACUUUAUCAACGUCGGCUUCCUGAGGCUGUUUCGCGCGGCUAGGCUAAUCAAACUACUCAGGCAGGGUUACACGAUACGAAUUUUGCUCUGGACCUUUGUACAAUCUUUCAAAGCUCUGCCUUACGUUUGUCUCCUCAUAGCGAUGUUGUUUUUCAUCUACGCGAUCAUCGGUAUGCAGGUAUUCGGUAACAUCGCGCUGGAUGCUGAUACCUCUAUUACUAAGCACAACAAUUUCCAAAGCUUCAUUCAAGGUCUGAUGUUGCUUUUUCGGUGUGCGACUGGCGAGGCAUGGCCGAACAUAAUGCUGUCCUGCGUGAAGGGUCGCCCUUGCGACGCGAAAGCCGGUAAACAGGAGGGUGGCUGUGGCUCGAACAUAGCGUACGCCUAUUUCGUCUCGUUCAUUUUCUUCUGUUCGUUCCUGAUGCUGAAUCUGUUCGUCGCCGUCAUCAUGGACAAUUUCGAUUACCUUACGAGGGACUCGUCCAUACUUGGCGCCCACCACCUGGACGAGUUCGUACGCAUAUGGGCCGAAUACGACCCAAACGCGACCGGCAAGAUCCAUUACACGGAGAUGUACGACAUGCUGAAGAACAUGGAUCCGCCGUUGGGGUUUGGAAACAAAUGUCCGAACAGGCUUGCCUACAAGAAGCUUAUCAGGAUGAACAUGCCGGUGGACGUCGACUUGAAGGUGAACUUCACCACCACUUUGUUCGCCCUGAUCCGCGAGAAUCUCAAUAUAAAAGUGAGAAGAGCCUCCGAGAGAAACCAAGCGAACGAGGAGUUAAGAGACACGAUCAGAAGUAUUUGGCCUCUGCAGGCGAAAAAGAUGUUGGACCUUUUGAUACCUAGGAACGAAGAAAUAGGCAGAGGUAAGAUGACCGUUGGUAAGAUAUACGUCUGCCUUCUGAUACUCGAAAGUUGGAGGACGACUAGGUUUGGUCAGAUAGAAUCAGCCGGACAGAACGAUAACGAUCUUAUCGAUAACGAUAAUGCUGGGCAAAGUCCUGCAGCCCAGGCGCAAGCCUUCCUCAACUGCAUACUGGACGUGACGGCGGUAAAUCAUACCGGAAAUAAUCAUGGGGCCGGAAGUAGGGCGAACAGCCUCGAACACGUGGUACGGCCAACGCCGGAAACGAAGCUCGAUCAACACAAGGAGCACAGGGAGGAAGACGACGAGCAUAGACGUCAACGUAGCAUCAGAAAUAAAAAGGUGAACUGGAAGAUGUCCCACCAGUACGAUAUACUAGGCAGCAGCGGAGAGAGUAGCCAGGGAGGGGGUGGGUCUGGGGUUGUACCCGUAGUUAAUGAUGAGGAUCGCGCCCCCGAGCUAGAGCCAUUGCUGGCUGAGGUGCCCUCCCAGCAGGAUCAAAACUACUACUACCACCAUCACCAUCACGACCAAUACUACGAUACCGACAAUGAUCUAUACUAUGACCAUCACCACCACCACCACCACCAUCACCAUCACCAUCAUCAUCAUGCUCACCGACCACCCUCGUACUAUCAACACCAGAAUACCUACGCACCUCGCUCCUCGAUCCGUUACCACAAGAUGGAGCUUCAGGACGUCGUGGUUAGCGACUCGCGUGCCGGUAGCCUCGAGAGUCUCACGCAUCCCGGCAAAAGACUUCAUCCACCUGUGCAGCCAGUUAGACACCCAUCGCGUUCACCGAGUCUAAGGAGGCACUCGCCAGGGCGACCUGGAUACGAUCAUCACGGUCAUUAUUACCACGAAGGACCAGGGUUUAGCGAUACGGUUAGCAACGUCGUCGAGAUUCAGAGACACACGCAUCAUCCCCAUCCGUCACAGUACAAUCAUCGGCACAGGAUGCGAGACUAUUACGACCACUGCGACUAUUACGACGAUGGUCCGUGGAGCGCUUCGACGAGCCCAGCGAGGACGCCGAGCCCGAUACACCACAUCGACCGUGGCCGCCAUUACGGGACGACGAGUUUGGAGCAACGUUCGAGGAGUCCAAGCCCGAUCGGUGGUCGCCAGCCACCCCACACUCACCAGCACUAUCAUCGGCAUCAUCCCCAUCAGCACAGUUACCCGGUGCUGGUGACGAGGCGAGGGCGUGGCCGUCGAUUACCCCCAACCCCCAACAAACCCUCGACGCUUCAGCUCAAACCGGCGAACAUCAAUUUCCCGAAAUUGAACGCGUCGCCUACCCACGGCUCGCACAUACACGUGCCGAUCCCAGCCGGUAUCCAGCAUCCGCCACCUGGCCAGCAUCUGCCUCCCAUGCAACCGAGCCACUGCCCCCUAAGCUUCGAGCAAGCGGUGGCGAUGGGUCGGGGUGGCCGCCUAUUGCCAAGCCCUGUGCCCAACGGCUACAAACCGCAGCCACAGGCCAAGCAGAGGACACCAAGGUCGAGACACUCGGACAGCGACGAAGACGACUGGUGCUAGCCAAAGUGGGACCCUGGACCGGUGACGUGGACGCCCCCAGGCGUCUUAGGGUUUGCGCGUGAAUUCUUCCACAUUGGGAGGCGCAUCGAUUAUUAAACCGUGAAAACGCAAGUGCUACUCGACCGGCUUGGUGGACUCGAGAGAACUACGAAUCUGAAAAUGAGAUGAUUGUCUGUGAUGGCGCAAGUGAGGGACGGGACAGGUGUUGCGCGACAAGGAAGAAACUUAUCCACGAAGAUAGAAUGAUAGGAAGGCGGGAACACCUGUGCACAUCUCGAAGAAGAAGGGAAGAGCGCGUUUAGUUUCUCGAAAUUUCGGGGAGAAACAAAGGACAGGCAAAGGAUUCACAAAGAGAUAUUUCGCGACUGAAACGAAAGCAAACAUCGGAUGAUCGUUACAGGGGCAACAAAGCAACAUACG